AUGAUGGGCGAACUUGGCAAGGUAAUCAAGCAGAACUGGCUUGAUGGAUCUCGUGAUGCAGAGGCACAACAAGUGCUACGCCGACAUACUAAUCAGACGGAGUGGCAGUGCGCUAAGCCUCUGCGACUUAAAUUUUCGUUUGACACGGCUUCAAAGAGCCCGUGGCAAGUCGCAGACACGAACGAGAUUUACUCUUGCAAAUUGAAACGCUCGGAAGAGAGAUCUUGA